GAUUUCACAGCUACCACGUGGACAUCGUGGGGGCCGCUGCUCGGCCCACCACAGUCUGGAAACCCACGUGUAGGCAGGUGCUCCCUGCCCUGCCCGCGCUCACCCAGCACCUGACCGAGGCCUCACUCACCAACACCCCACACAUCCAGCUCGGAAAGCCUCCGGACAUGCCGGGGACAGAGCCAGUGCCCCUCCCCCAGAUCCUGGCCAAGUCACUGUUUGUCACAGCAGACUGGUGCAAUGUCACCCUGGAGUGCACAGCCGUGGGGGCCUCGGAGGACCUGAAUGUGAUCUGGUGGCACAGUGACCUCCCCAGGAAGUGGCAGCAGACAGGGACCCUGGGACCAGGCCCCAGUACCUGGCCCCUGGCUGUGCGCCUGCCCCUGGACCAGGCCAACACCAGCUUCACAUGUAUCGCCAGCAACGAGGUGGACCUGAAAACUGCCACCUCCACGCUGGGGGACAUCUGUGCCCAAGGAUUUACUGAGGCACCGUGGGUCCGUGGGUCCGAGUGGCUCACUCUGAACAGCCAUCCCAGAACUAAACCCGGCCCCGCCCAGCUGUGGGGUUUUCCUCGCCCCUCUGCUGGACAGGCUGGUGGGAGGUCCAUGAUGGGGCCCUGCUCUGAAGACCCCCACCUCCGCUGGGCCUCCUGGCUCCUGGGACUGGCCGAACUGGCAGGCGUCCUCCUGGGCGUCUGCGGCACUGGGCCCCUGAGUUCUGGAGGUGCGGAUUCCAGAGCCCACGUCUCUCUGAAGAGGGUCCGAGGAGGCUCCGUGUUGUUCCACGUGACUCAGGAGAUGGAAGGAGACGCAGAAGCUCAGCUGGAGGAGAUGGCGUGGGGCUUUGGCCCGGACACCAACUACAGAGUCCUGCUGCGAGUGGUCAGCGGUGGGGACUUGCCAACCUUGAUCAGCCACCAGGACAAGUACAGGCACAGGGUCCAUGUGCCCAAUAUGACGUCCCUGCUUAUUGAGAACCUGACCUGUGAGGACAGUGGGCAGUACCGGGCUCGAGCCAGCUUCACCGGAGGAAGGGGAUUUACCCAGGUGUUCCAGCUCACUGUCUACGAGCCGGUGCCCCUCCCCCAGAUCCUGGCCAAGUCACUGUCAGUCACAGCAGACUGGUGCAACGUCACCCUGGAGUGCAGAGCCGUGGGGGCCUCAGAGGACCUGAAUGUGACCUGGUGGAGCAGUGACCUCCCCAGGAAGUGGCAGCAGACAGGGACCCUGGGACCAGGUUCCAGCAUCUGGGCCCUGGCUGUGCGCCUGCCCCUGGACCAGGCCAACACCAGCCUCACCUGUAACGCCAUCAACCAGGUGGACAUGAAAACUGCCACCACCACCCUGGGGGACAUCUGUGCCCACCGUGAGUAUAACGUGUCCGUGGAAAGGUAG